UGAACUUGAUGAAGAUGAUCUGUAAGUAGUACUAAAGAAGCACCAUAAAACUCAAUAAGCACAUUUAAUAGUUAAAUUAAAGGUUUCUCAACUGAAUAAUAGAUCUUUAUAGAAAUAAGACUGAACUAUAAGAAUAUUACAUGAUUUUAUACAGAGACAAAUCAUCUGUAGCUUAUCAAAGCAAUUAGUGAGAUCUCCUAAAUAUAAUUAGUGCUUAUAAGUUAAAUCCGCAAGAAAUGAAUAAAAUUCUUAAGGUCAUUUCAGCAAACAGAUGAG